AUGGGUAAGAAAAAUGAAGCCAAGAAAGAAAAAUCAACUAUAAUAGACCCCGAUGAAAAUAAGAUAACCAAGAAGAAGAAGAAGAGCAAAAAGACAAAGAAAGAGAAGAAAAGGGCCAAAAAGGAGAAAAGAAGCAAGGUGAAGGAGUUAGAGAAUGAGGAACAAAGUAAAGAUCUUAAAAAUUCGACAGAUCAACGGAUGUUAUUAACAGAUGCUCUUAAUAAAGCAAACAAAAAGAAUGAGGAGAAUACAAAUGAUUUGGAUACUGCGAUGGCUGAAAGGCAAUUAAUGGUAGAUAUAUUGAAGAAAGUAAAUAAAAAGCAUAAGAAGAAUAAGAAGAAUAAGAAAAAGAAGAAGAAAAGUCGUAUCGAACAAUAUAGUAAUGAUAGCAAUACUACUCCCGAGUCUGAAAUGGAACAAGAGGACGUAUACGAAGAGGAAUACCCCGAAGAAGAGUACUCUCAAAAUGAAUAUGAACAAGAUUUUGAAGAAGAUGAACCAGAAACGGAACCACAAGCAUAUAGUUUUGAUCCAUUAUCCUAUAAUUCAUCAGUGUCAACGAACCCAAAUUCACUUCAGAAACAACAACAACAUACAUAUCAUGGAGAAUUACUCACCCAUACAUAUUAUACACUUCCUGAUGAUACCAAAAAAUUUUGGAAACGAAGAUAUCAACUUUUUUCAAAAUUUGAUGAAGGAAUUUACAUGUCAUCAGAAUUAUGGUUUAGUGUUACACCUGAGAAAACUGCAAAGUAUAUUGCAGAACUAUUCAAAAGUCUAUUACCAUCUGCUACAAAAUGUUGUGAUGUAGCUUGUGGGGGUGGAGGUAAUGCCAUACAAUUUGCAUCUUUGUUUGACUAUGUUGUCGCCAUUGAUAUUAAUCCUAUUAAUUUAUAUUGUACUCAACACAAUAGUGAGAUUUAUGGAGUCCAGGAUCAUAUAAUGACUUUGGAAGGUGACUGGAAUGAACUAUCACAAGACGAUUCAUGGAUACCAAAGGAGAUCACUUCCAGUGAAAAUGUUUACAACGAAGAAGAAGAAAAUGACGACAUACAAGACUGGAGUAUUGAAGAAGAAGAUUUAGAUGACGGAGAGUCUGAUCAUGUGGAAGGAUUGGAGGAUAUAGGGGAAGGUAUAAAUGAUGAUAAUGAUGGAGGUGGUGAAAAUCCAUGGAGUGGGAAUGGAGUCGGCCAUGGUGAUAGUAUAUGGAGUGGUAUUCGUGAAGAGGACAAGCCGUUUGAUUUCAUUUUCUCCUCUCCUCCGUGGGGUGGUGUAGAUUAUUCAAGAGACGGAUUUGAUUUAGAAAAUAUGCCAUCAUUCCCAUUAACCAAGAUGUUGACUCAAUUUAAACAAUUUACCAAUUGUAUAGGAUUGUAUCUACCUAAGCUGUCAGACUUGGAUCAGUUGGAUCUUGCAACAAGAACAGUAUUUGGUGAAAAUGCUGAAUAUCGUUUUGUUCAUCUAGGGUGUGCCAUAUUAGCACUCAUUGGGGAAGAAUUGAUUUCCAAUUUUGACGAAAGCGCCGAUUAG